GUCGCGAAAUGGAUCAAGGCUCCAUUGUUCGGUAGAAGUGACAGUUAAAACCGUCCUAGUUUGGGCUGUAUUUGCUUUGUCAGGAAGUACAUAUUUAUAUAUUGUCUUUAGACAUGAGAGAACUUCGUUUUUUUUUUCUUUUGCUUUCAACUUACUCGAUUGUAAAUGCAGGUUCAGGAUCCCAUUCUCUAUGGGCAUUUGCAACAUGUAUCUCAGGAGAGACGCCGUUUGCUGAGUGUAGUGUUGUGCUGAUGAUGGACGACAUUCAAGUUGGCUACUUUGACUCCAACACAGAGCGAUUUGUCCACAAGGGACAUAACACCCAAAAUGCAACAGAUGUCGACAUGGCUAAAGAUGCAACUUACGUGUUUGGACACAUGUUUCUCAGCUUGAAAAGGAGACUGUCAGCCCUAAAGUAUCGCUACAAUUCCACAGGUGAUAUAGUUGUUAACCAGCGAAUGACUGGCUGUGAAAUGCUGGAUAAUGGUGAACCCGCCCUUUUUCUGUCCACAGAUGCUUUCAAUGGAAUUUAUGCAGAUUUGAUACAUUACAACAUCACACACUACUCAUACAAUUCGGGAAACCUACUGUCGCCUUGGAGUCAAGUGCACCAAACAAAUGCAAAAUGGCGUUAUCAGACCAUUUACCUACCGAUUUGCAUAAAAACCUUGAAGAAGUUUCUGGAGAAAGAAAAGAACUUUGUGAUGCGCAAAGUGCGUCCCAGAGUGAGGCUUAUUCAGAAGGCCGUGUCUGGAGGGACCCGGGUGAGCUGUCUGGCAUUCGGUUUCUACCCACGCCACAUCAACCUGACCCUGCAGAGGGACGGCCAGACUAUACCCGACCAGGAGCUGUCUGCCGGGUUGGUGUUACCCAGCGCGGAUGGGACUUACCAGCUGAGGAAGAGUCUGACGGUCAGUGCCGAGGAACUGAGCGAGAAACACAGCUACACCUGCAGCACCUUUCACCUCAGCUUGGACAACAAGCUGGACGUCAGCUGGGUACCCAGGGAUGGGACAGACCCUGUGCUGGUGUCUAUCCCCUCAGCUGCGCUGCUCAUCGCUUGUCUCGCAAUUUUACUAGCCUGCGUCUGGAGGAGGAGAAACGCAGCUGGCACACAUGUGCCACACCCGUCCAACGCUGACGAAGCCCAAGCUGUUGAGCAAAUUAGCCUGUCUUCACAUGACUCCUGAUAUUUUCACCAAUGCCAUUCAACUGUUCAUCUUCUCAGUCCAGCUCAGGUUAAAGUGGAAGGCCAAAACAGGCAAAUCCACGAUAUGUAGCCACAUAAGUAUUUGUGAUGCAGUAGUGCGUUAACAUUAGAAAAAUGCUGUCUGCUACUGACGCCGGCUAUGUAUAAGAAAAUACAUCACGAAAAAAGUUUUGUUAUUUAACAAUGAGCAAAA